UACCCCCCGCCGCCUCUGCCCCCCGCCAUUGGCCCUCCUGACAACCAUGGCUCUAUGCUUGUCGUCUGCUACCCAUCCAAGGAAUCGAUCCUGAGCCUGAGCCCCCGCGGAAGCAGCGCUGUGAUGCGCCUCACCACUGUCUUUGCGCUUUUCACUGUGGUCCUAGUAUACCUAGUCACCGGGGCCUUCAUCUUUCGCCAGCUGGAGCAGCCAUAUGAAGUCCGCCAACAUGGGAAGCUCAGUGCCCACCGGGAGCAAUUUCUGAAAGGGCACCGGGAACAGUUCUUGAGACGGCACCAGUGCGUGGGGCCCGAUGAAUUGGAUGCCCUCAUUCGGCAAGUGAGUGAGGCCAUCUUAGCCGGCGUGGACCUUUUCAACAAUGAUACCAACAAAACCAGCUCCAACUGGGACAUGGGCAGCGCCUUUUUCUUCGCUGGCACCGUUAUCACCACGAUCGGGUUUGGGAACAACUCCCCCCAAACUGAUGCUGGCCGGCUCUUCUGUAUCUUCUAUGCAUUGGUGGGAAUUCCCCUUUUUGGGAUGCUGCUGGCUGGAGUCGGUGACCAUUUGGGAUCCUCUCUACGGAAGGGCAUUGGCAAGGUGGAGGAUAUUUUCUUGAAAUGGCAAGUCAGUCCUACCAUCGUAAGGAUCCUCUCGGCAUUGCUCUUCAUUCUCAUUGGCUGCCUCCUCUUCGUUUCCCUGCCCACUGUUAUCUUCCAGCAUUUGGAACACUGGUCCCUCCUUGAGAGUGUUUACUUUGUGGUUAUCACACUGACCACCAUCGGAUUUGGUGAUUAUGUGGCAGGUGAUACAUCAACUGAGGAGUAUCCGUGGUACAAACCAUUGGUAUGGUUCUGGAUUCUGCUUGGUUUGGCCUAUUUUGCCUCUAUCCUGACCAUGAUCGGCAACUGGUUGAGGGUGUUGUCCCGACGCACAAGAGCUGAGAUGGGGGACUUGACUGCACAUGCUGCCUCCUGGACAGGCACUAUGGCAUCCCAGCUGCGUGUCCCAAACAUGGCAUUGCCCGACAAGCUGCAUAGAGUGGGCACUUUGAAAGGGAAGCCUCCGUCUCCUUCGGACAUCCCGCAGCACAAGGAAGGCGAAGAGCCGUUACAGCAGUCACCGGCACAGCCCCCGCCGCCUUUACUGCCAUCGCAGCCCCCGGCCUUAAUACCACCCUUGCCUCCAUCGUUGUGCCUACCCUGCCCAAGCCCUUCUCCAGCUACCAACCGGCGCGUGGCCCAGCUGAACGCCCGCAAUGCCGUCCCACUGCGGCCUAUAGACUACGCGGGUGAAAACUUGGCUUUCAUUGAUGAGAGUUCAGAUGCUCUAAGCGAUGGAGGGCCACCUUCUGCCAGGCUGCCCCGACGCUUGCGCCCCCGGGCCCGACACCGCACCAACACUGGCCAGCCCCCAGGACUCCCCAUGGAUCUGCUGAGUCGGACCCGAGAUAAAGGGGAAGCUGUUUAG